AUGACGUCCAAAUCUAAAAGGGAUGAUGACGAGGAGGAGGAUGAGGAUGACGAAGAUGAUAAGGAUGACGACGACGGGGACGACGAUGAUGAUGAAGAAGGUGAUGACAACGAUGUCGAAGAUAACGACGACAAUGAUGAUGAGGAAGAUGACGACGACGAGGAUGAAGAUGACGACGACGAAGAUGAUAAGGAUGACGAGGACGACGACGGUGAUGAUGAAGAAGUUGAUGAUGACGUUGAUGAAAAAGAUGACGACGAGAAUGAUGAUGAGGCAGAUGACGACGAGGAGGAGGAUGAAGAUGACGACGACGAAGAUGAUAAGGAUGACGACGAUGACAAUGAUCCUGAUGAAGAUGACGACGAGGAGGAGGAAGAUGACAACGACGACCAUAAUGAUUCAGUUAUCAUUUUCAGAUCCUUUACACCCAUCCAACUCGCUGCGACCAACGAUGGUACGGACACCACCUGA